AUGGCCCCCGAGAUGGACCAGUUCUACAGGUCCACCAUGGCCAUCUACAAGAGCAUCAUGGAGCAGUUUAACCCCGCCCUGGAGAACCUGGUGUACCUGGGGAACAACUACCUGCGGGCCUUCCAUGCUCUGUCCGAGGCAGCCGAGGUGUACUUCAGCGCCAUCCAGAAGAUCGGGGAGCAGGCCCUGCAGAGCUCCACCUCGCAGAUUCUGGGUGAGAUCUUGGUGCAGAUGUCAGACACCCAGCGCCACUUGAACUCUGACCUGGAGGUGGUGGUGCAGACAUUCCACGGAGACCUGCUGCAGCACAUGGAGAAGAACACCAAGCUGGACAUGCAGUUCAUCAAAGACAGCCGCCAGCAUUACGAGAUUGAGUACCGCCACCGAGCCGCCAACCUGGAGAAGUGCAUGUCCGAGCUGUGGCGCAUGGAGCGCAAGAGGGACAAGAAUGUGCGGGAGAUGAAGGAGAGCGUGAACCGGCUGCACGCGCAGAUGCAGGCCUUCGUGUCUGAGAGCCAGCGGGCAGCUGAGCUGGAGGAGAAGCGGCGCUAUCGGUUCCUGGCCGAGAAGCACCUGCUGCUUUCCAAUACCUUCCUGCAGUUUUUCGGUCGGGCCCGGGGGACGCUCCAGAACCGCGUGCUGCUGUGGAAGGAGCAGUCGGAGGCCAGCCGCAACCCGUCGCGUGCCCACUCCCCAGGCCUGCUGGGCCCAGUGCUGGGGCCGCCCUACCCCUCGGGCCGCCUGACGCCCACCCGCCUGGACAUGCCCCAGAGGCCUCUGGGAGAGUUCAGCUCCCCCCGCAGCGGGCACGGCUCCGGCUCCUACGGCCCCGAGCCCACCGAGGCGAGGUCCGCGUCCCAGCUGGAGCCAGACCGCCGGUCCCUGCCCCGGACGCCGUCUGCCUCCUCGCUCUACACCGGCGGCGCCCAGCGCUCGCGCUCCAACUCCUUCGGCGAGCGCCCGGGCGCUGCGGGCGGCGGCGGGGGCGCCCGGAGAGUCCGCGCCCUCGUCUCGCACUCGGAGGGCGCCAACCACACGCUGCUGCGCUUCUCGGCCGGAGACGUCGUGGAGGUGCUGGUGCCGGAGGCGCAGAACGGCUGGCUCUAUGGCAAGCUGGAGGGUUCAUCCACGAGUGGCUGGUUCCCAGAGGCCUACGUGAAGCCAUUGGAGGAGGUGCCCAUGAACCCCAUGAACGCCUUGAACCCCGUGGCCUCCAUGAACCCCAUGAACGCCUUGAACCCCGUGGCCUCCAUGAACCCCAUGAACGCCUUGAACCCCGUGGCCUCCAUGAACCCCAUGAGCCCUAUGAAUGACCUGUCUUCCAGGUCCUACCCGCUCCGGGGCAGCCACAGCCUAGAUGACCUCCUGGACCGGCCGGGCAACUCCACAACGUCCCCCGAGUACUGGGACGGCCAGUCUCGCUCCCGAACUCCGAGCCGGGUCCCAAGCCGUGCCCCCAGCCCUGCACCUACACCCUUGCCUGGCAGCCGCAGAAGUAGCAUGGGCAGCAUGGGGGUGGCCAGUGACGUCAAGAAGCUUAUGUCCUGGGAGCAACACCCCCCAGAGCUCUUCCCUCGGGGCACGAAUCCCUUUGCCACCGUAAAGCUGCGUCCCACUGUCACCAAUGACCGCUCGGCGCCCCUCAUCCACUGA